AUGGCGGCGGCUGCCCUCGCGCAUGCCACAGCCGGCCUCACCUACAGCUGCCUGCCUCCCGCAACUGGCCUUGCUCGCCACAGCAAGCCUCCCACAGCUCGCCCACCCGCCAUCGCGCGGCCUCCGGCCGUGCCGUCCCCCGCCUGGCCUCCUGCAGCUGUCUCGCCCGCCACCGCUCGCCUCCCGCUGGCUUCGCCCGCCGCUGCAAGCCUCCUGCGGCUCGCCCCGCCCGCCGCCACGCGGCCUCCGGCACUCGGUCGCGCCAUCCUCCGCCCGGCCUCCCGCAGCCGCAGCGCCUCAAGGAAGCAGAUCGCGCGAAACCGGAGCCGGAGCCCUACCAAAGAGGGCCUAUAG